UUUUCCACUAUGUCAAAUCCAACGGAUCCGUGCAAACCAGAAGCCUGUGCAAUCCAGGAUUGCUUGCAAAGAAAUGGUUACAAUGAAUCACGAUGUACAAAGCUUAUUGAUCAAUUAUACUUGUGUUGUAAAAAGUAUUACGAACAAAACGGAGACGUGCAGACCACCUGUUGUCCCAAACUUAACUUAUUGGAGUUGAAAUUGAAACAGAGAGAAUUGGGAAGCAUCGAUGCCCAGAUGUUGCAGCUGAAUAGGCGAUGA